UGCAGGUGAUAAAAUAUUUUAGAGUAUUAUACUAUUAGUCAGGCUGAGUUUUGUGCCACUGGGUGGAAGCAGUGCCUGAAGGCAACGCUUGUCAUCCACCAAAAAAGAGGGGAAAGAAAAAAAAAAUAAAAAAAUAAAAAGAAAACACCGGAUCACAUGACCGCCACCGUUAUUUCCUGCAGCAUCAAGCUCUCCGCUCGCUACUCGCUCCUGCCUGCGACAGCACAGCAGCGGUGUGGUCGCUCCCGACACAUUAACGGAAAGAAGAAAAACACUCCACACCAACUGAAGGCCUCUGCUACACCGACAACUGCUGCAGUCACAGCGACGACGGAUACAACAAGCACUCACACAGUUGUUUUCUAAUCUUAGUCGCUGUUUUUUUAUUUUUUUAUUUGACAGCCUUGUAACAGAAGAAGAAAAAAAAGCCAGUGCUCAUAAUGGCGACAGCUGCGGUGUCUGCCCCUGCUGGCUGCGGCCCCAGCCCCGGGUCGGGAACGGAGCUGGUCCGCGGGCAGGCCUUCGACGUCGGGCCUCGGUACAGCAACCUCUCCUACAUCGGGGAGGGAGCCUACGGGAUGGUGUGCUCUGCCUAUGACCGGGACAACAAGAUCCGUGUGGCCAUUAAGAAGAUCAGCCCUUUUGAGCACCAGACGUACUGCCAACGCACCCUGAGAGAGAUCAAAAUCCUUCUCCGCUUCAAACAUGAGAACAUCAUCAGCAUCAACGACAUCAUCCGCACACCAACGAUUGAUCAGAUGAAGGACGUAUAUAUUGUCCAGGAUCUCAUGGAGACAGACCUGUACAAGCUCCUGAAGACUCAACACCUGAGCAACGACCACAUCUGCUACUUUCUCUACCAGAUCCUACGAGGGCUGAAGUACAUCCACUCUGCCAACGUCUUGCACCGCGACCUGAAGCCCUCCAACCUUCUGCUCAACACCACCUGUGAUCUCAAGAUCUGUGAUUUUGGUUUGGCUCGUGUGGCUGACCCUGACCACGAUCACACUGGUUUCCUAACAGAGUAUGUAGCCACUCGUUGGUACCGAGCACCUGAGAUCAUGCUUAACUCCAAGGGCUAUACCAAGUCCAUAGACAUUUGGUCAGUUGGUUGCAUCCUGGCUGAGAUGUUGUCCAACAGGCCCAUUUUUCCUGGGAAGCACUACUUGGAUCAGCUUAACCACAUUUUGGGGAUCCUGGGUUCUCCCUCUCAGGAGGAUCUCAACUGCAUCAUAAACAUUAAGGCCAGGAACUAUCUUUUGUCGCUGCCUCUGCGCUGCAAAGUGCCAUGGAACCGCCUGUUCCCAAACGCUGAUCCCAAAGCUUUGGACCUGUUGGACAAGAUGUUGACCUUUAACCCUCACAAGAGGAUCGAGGUGGAGGAGGCCCUGGCACACCCUUACCUGGAGCAGUAUUAUGACCCCACAGAUGAGCCUGUCGCUGAGGCCCCGUUCAAGUUUGACAUGGAGCUGGAUGACCUACCCAAAGAGACACUGAAGGAGCUCAUCUUUGAAGAAACUGCACGUUUCCAGCCUGGUUUUAGGUCCUAACAUCUCACACAGAUGAUUCUGUGGACCGGCUUCUGCGUUGCCACUGCUCCUCCUCGCCUCCACACUGUUGCUGUGAUAUAUAUAUUUUUGUUUUUUUUUAAUUUUCCUCUCCUGUUGUCCACAUCACCUGGAUUCCUUGGGUCUCACUCGUCAAGUCCACUUUGCUCAGGAAUGGCGUCAGGAAUCAAUCAAUCAAUCAUUCUCUUGUCUCUCUUUCUUUAAUCUCUUCUCCCUCUCUCGGAGGUGAGAGGUGAGGAGAGGAGGGGGGGGGGUUCAGCAUCACAGCUUACAGUCUGGGGGGGAGGGGUUGAUUUUGUGUUUUAAGCCAAGAUAAACAAUUUUUUUGUGUGUCUCAAAGGCGUUUGGCUCUGGCUAUUCCUAUUCAAGACCUUUUAUGUCCAGUUGAAUGACAGUGAUAGACUAGCUGUUGUAGUCUUUUUUUUUUUUGGGGGGGGGGGGGUGGUUACAACUCUGCCUACAUUGCACAAACAAGCAACGGUAGAUUACUUAUAAGAAUCAUCCAUCAUGAAAAAAGGGGUCUUUUGAAUUUUCUAACCUUUGUCGCACUGUUACAAGGAAUACCUUGAUCUCUAUCUUUAUCUUUUUCUCUCUUUAAAGAAAGAAAAACCUGAAUUAAAUCAACUGAUUUAUGCAAUGAAAUCACAUAAUCAGCCACAGACUUUGUGGGCCAAAAGCCAUCACUUGGUGUUGAGGAUCUAUAUUUUAACAAAGACCGAUUUUAAUCCUUAACACACACACACACACACACACACACACACACACACACACACAGAAG